AUGGCCGAUUUUGACAUUAAGGAGACAUAUCUCAAGUUUUUGGAAGAAGACAAAGAUAUGACUAUGCCAAUUGCGGCAAUUGAAUCACUUGUGUCAAUGUUAAAAGCUAAGUCACCAUCAACCUCCUCCGAAUUAAUCAAUUUAGUUUCGAAAAACAUUGAUUUAUUAAAAUCAUCAAUCCCCAAUAAUAUUUCUCUUUCUGCUGGGUGUGAUUUGUUUAUGAGAUUUGUGUUGAGAAACACCAACGUGUAUUCUGAUUGGGAGUCGUUUUCACAGAAUCUUGUUGAGAAUGGAGAAUUGUUCGUUCAGCGUGCUAAAGAAUCAAGACUUAAACUGGCAGAAUAUGGUGUUCCAUUUAUUAAAGAUGACGACGUAAUAUUAGUUCAUUCAUACUCACGUGUUGUUUACAGCCUAUUGUUGAAGGCCAAACAAGAAAAGUUAAUUCGAUUCAAAGUCUUGGUUACCGAAAGUAGACCAACAGGCAAUGGAUACUACAUGGCUAGGAAAUUAAGAGAAGCAGAUAUACCAGUUGAGGUUAUUGUAGAUAACGCAGUGGGAUAUGUAUUGCAUAAAGUAGACAAAAUCUUGGUUGGUGCUGAAGGUGUUGCUGAAAGUGGUGGAGUAAUAAAUCACAUUGGAACAUAUCAAAUUGGUUGUUUAGCUAAAGUUAACAAUAAACCUUUUUAUGUGGUGACUGAAUCUCACAAAUUUGUUAGGUUAUUUCCCUUGGCACCCAAUGACCUACCUAACAGCAUUAGUCAUUUCGAUUAUGACGGAAACAAAACAGAAGAAGUCAAUCAUAGUGGACAAGAACUUUUAAAGACAAACUUUGUUGAUUUCACAUCUCACGAAUAUAUUACCGCCUUGAUUACAGAUUUGGGAGUAUUGACUCCGUCUGCUGUCAGUGAAGAGUUGAUAAAAAUAUGGUACGAUUGA